GACCACCUGGCACAAUAUGUUGUUCACAUGUGCUCUGGUAUUUGUGUUACCCGGCUAUAUUUUUGCGCAAAACCUGCCAUUGUUGGAUUCCAAUUUAAAUUCGGAUGGAUCGAUCGCAGGACGAUCGCAAAGUCAGGUCGAUGAAGUCGAUAGUACGAUUGUAUUUGGUCCAGAUAUCUCAUUAAGGACUGCUAAAUACCGCAUAUGGAAGAAACCUGAGGAUUUUUGGGAGGCUUACUACAAUGAGGAAGGAAAGGAACCCUCAGUAGCAUGUGAUGAAGGAAAACCUAUUCAUUGCUCUAGAAGGAAGGCUUUUGUGGACGACAUGCGUGUAAGUCAAAGCCACUAUCAACAUGGAAAAUGGCCGAAUACAACGAUAUAUUACGAAUUUAAUAAUGUGCCCGAUGACAAAAAGGAGAUUCUUGAAAAUACCAUUGAAAAGAUUAAUCAAAACACGUGCUUACAGAUAGUUGAAUUACCUGAAUCUCCUCCUUCAAUUGAUGGUUGGAUAGAAUUUCGACAAGGGAGAUGGUGUUCAUCGAGAGUUGGGUAUAAAAAAGGGGUAAACAGUAUUACUGUUAAAGGAUGUCGACCCGGCAUGCUUAUAUAUCACGCUUUGAAUUUUGAUCAUAUCCACAAUGCUGAAAAUCGCCAAGAAUAUAUAAAUGUAAAUUUAAACAAUUUAAAAAACCCUCACAACGAGCAAAAUUACGUAAAACAGAAUGCAAGUAACUUUGAUAUAAGAUUUGACUACGCAAGUCCUUUACAUUUUCGCAAUUGCCUAUUCGCAAAGGACGAUCCUGUAAUAACAUUUAAAUCCUGCCCGUCUAUGAAUAUAGAUGAAGAUAGAGACGUUUCAGAAUGGGACUAUUUUAAGAUUAAUAGACUAUAUUGUCCAAAGUGGUACUAUAAUAAUAAAAUAUAAAAUUAAAUCUAUUUAUUAAAGCCACAUGGUCCAUGUUCAUGGAUAUAAAUAAAUGUGAAUAACUUGUAUCUGAAGGGUACACUAAAAAUAAAAGUACACAAGCACAUUUUUAUAUUGGCAUGUAGAUACUAAAUGCUGUAUUAUAACCAUCGAUUUUUCAUCUCAGUAAAAUAAAUUCACUUGUUUAUUUA